AGUCUAGUAUUUACGUCAACAGCGGAAGUUUAUUGGAGCACCUCGGAGUUUUACUCUAACCCUGGGAUACCAAUCAAUAAACAGCGAAGUUGUCUAAUAAGAAGGGUUAGUUAGGACUUGCGUCUGGCCGCGAAAAACCAAAAUGCCUAGUCCAGCAAUAGCACCGUUUCUUGGUGCCACUGGUAGAAUGAUGCAGUAUAGAAAAUACAGUGAAGCUUCAGCAGUUGGCUUUUUAUCCGCAAUAUUAUUUACAGUUUUCUCUGAUCCAGUCAGAAGUUACGUUGAUUUUGGCGAAAAAUGGCUAGAACUGUCUGGACUGCCUUAUCAGAUGAAUACCGCAUUGCUUGGUUUUAUUGUUGGGUUUGGCACUGUGAGGAUACUGCUAUUGAUGCGGCUACAGCUUUUCAAAAUGUUGUUGAACUAUCGUGGCUGGAUGCAUAACCCUAAAUCAACCACAACAAAAAUGUGGGGUCUCAUGUUAAAUGGUAUGAGAGGCAAGGGAAACUUUCCAACAUACUACUUCCAGGAGGUAUUACCAAAGUUACCUGUACCAGACCUGAAUACAUCAUGUGACAGAUUUCUUGCAUCCAUGAGACCCAUACUGUCAGAUGAUGACUACAGAAAUUUAAUGACAGAAGUUAUUGAUUUUAAAGAAAAGGAUGGACCAAUUUUACAGAGUUAUCUUUUACAAAGGGCAACAAGAACAAAUAAUUGGUUAACAGAUAUAUGGAUGAAUCUAGCAUAUUUAUCUAGUCGCAAGCCUAUUGCAGUUAAUGUGAACUGUUAUGCCACAGACAGACUUAAUAUACCAAGUACAAAACAGAAGGCAAGAGGUGCUACUCUUAUACACUGGAUUCUCAGAUUCCAUGAACAAUUACAAGAUGAAACACUGAAACCACAAUACAUGCAGGACAUGAUUCCAAUGUGUAUGGAAAGUUAUAAAACUCAAUUCAGUACAGUAAGAGUUCCAUGCCCAGGGAUAGACAGAUUGGAUACAUACAAAGAUUCUAAUUACAUUAUCAUUACAAGGAGAGGAUUAUAUUACAAGUUAGAAAUGAAGGCACCUGACAAUGAUGGAAAAGACAGAUUAUUGACAGUAUCCGAAAUAUAUUCAAUAUUAGAGAAAAUAUUUGAAGAAACAGAAGCCUCAGAAGAAAGCCACCAGGUGUCUAUAUUUACCACACAAGAUAGAGACACAUGGGCACAGAACCGUGUAAAAUUAAUGGAGAAUCCUACAAAUAAAGAAAGUUUACAUACUGUAGAAGCUGCAAUAACCGUGUUCUCUUUUGAUGACGAAAAACCAUCAUCCAUUGAUGAAAAUGGUUUAUUUACGUUAUGUGGAAAUGGAACAAACAGAUGGAAUGAUAAAUCGUUGACGUUUGCUAUAUUUUCUAAUGGAGUUGUUGGUGUAAAUGCUGAACAUACAGCUGGGGAUGCUACAUUACCAGGAAGAAUGUGGGAAUUUUUUAUGCAGAGUGAGAUGUAUACAGCUGAAGGAAACAUAAUCAGUGAACAAACCAGAAAGAAGAAACUUCCUGUCCCUCAAAAAAUAAAUUGGGAUUUGAAAUACAUGGACUCAGAACUAGAAACUGCAAAGGAACACUUCAGAAAAUUGAGUCACAGUUUUGAACUAGUUGUAUCAUCACCAGAAUAUGGCAAAGGAUUUAUUAAAAAGAAGAGAAUGAGCCCUGAUGGAUAUAUACAGAUGGUACUGCAGUUAGCCUAUUACAAGUUAUAUCAGAAAGUACCAAAAACAUAUGAAUCUGCUUCAACAAGAAUAUUUUCUGAAGGAAGAACAGAGACAAUCCGUCCAGUUUCAGAAUACUCAGCGCAGUUUGUGAAAAGUAUGUUGAGCGAGUCUGCAACACGUGAACAAAAACUCAUGCUUUUAAGAAAAGCUGUUCAAUAUCAAACUCAAAUUAAAAUGGAUGCCUGCUGUGGAUUAGGAUGGGAUCGCCAUCUUCUGGGAUUAUUUGCCUGCUGUCAAGAGUUGAAGAGAACACCUCCAGCACUCUUCAUGGAUAAGAAUUUCUUUGCACCUGAUGUUUUGAGUACAUCUCAGACCCCAACCAAUUACACAAACAAAUGGACCAUGGAAACAUCCUGCAUGGGAGGUGGAUUCUUUGCAACAAAUUUUGAAGGCUAUGGUGUAUCUUAUAUGAUAUAUGGUGAAGAUCUCAUAAAAUUCCAUGUAUCAUGUAACACAAACUGUCCAACUACGUCAGCAGCCAAGAUGUCUGAUGCAAUAAAUGAAGCCAUGAACGAGAUGAAAGAGAUUUGUUCGUAGUAGUUCACAAGAGACACGUUCAUACUGAUAUUGACAGAAACUAAUCUGCAUAAUACAGACUUCCUAUUUUGUUGUUCAUAUGUAACUUUCAUAUGUCUAAUUUAAUGAUGGAUUUCACAACAUCUAAUACAUGUUACAUUUUUUGGCGCUAAUGAUCUGUGGACUUUUGUACUAAUUCAAAACUUUUUCUGUCAUGGGAGGAACUUUUCAUUGUAAAAAAAAUGUUUAAUGAAAGAGCAUAAAAUGAUUUGUUUCACAGUGGAAAAGGGGUUCAUUUCACAGUGGAAAAAGAUUUCAUGUCAACAGUGGAUAAUGGUUUCAUGUCACAGUAGAAAAUAUUGCAUGAAACAGUGGAAAAUAUAGCAUGUCACAGUUGAUUUUUUUUUUUCCUUAGUGGAUAUUGUUGCAUCAAUCAGAGUAAAAUCUUGCUUUUCAUUUUCAUUGGAGAAAAGUAUUUUAUGCUAUCUGUUUAUUCAAAGGAAUGAGAAUUAAUCUAUAGAAUGACAGUAGAAAGAUGAAAUGUUUAUUGUCUUCAGUAUGAAGGAAUGAAUUGUUUUUAUUAGUUUAAAUAUCUUUUACUAGAUACAAUAUUCAGGUCAUGUAAAUUUUUCAUAUUUUUAUGAAAAUGUCUCUUGAAGCCAAAAAUGUCUAAUGAGCUAUUCAACAAUGAAGCUAGAAAUAAAGUGGGCACAAAAAUUGAAGUAUGAAUAUUAAUAUGACCGGUGGUGCUGAAAAUGUGAAUAGUUAAGCUGUUCCCUAUUGUUAAUGCUCCCUUUUUGUGAUAUGUAAUAUAUACAAAGUGACCAGAAAAUGUAUAAUGCUGAAAGAAAUGGCUUGUAAUUUUAAUGUAUCAAAAUUUAGAAGGACUGAGAGGUCAUUGAGAGUUGAUUGAACUUGAAAUGAAUAAUUACGAUAAGAAAAUUGGUAAAAGUACUUAUUUUAUAUUUUUUUCUUUUGGAGAAAUAUAAUGAAAUGGUGUUUUUUUAUGUUUUUAUUUAAUAUUUGUGGAAAGUGAAAAGUAUAGUUGAUGAUUAUAAACAGUUAUAUAGAUGUUGUUUCAAUCAAGUGUUUAGAAAACAUUUAUUUUUGCUAUAUGUAUCUUGGCUUUUUUACCAAUCUAUAGAGCAUAUAUUCAUAGUUAUAGAAGUGUUUUAUGCCAUUUUAUGUAUUUUAAGCCAUAUAAACAAGCAUUUGAAACCAUUGUUUUUCCUUUUGUUCAACCUUUCCAACAAGAAAUCAAAAUGUCUUGUAGACAAUGUUAAUAUAUUUUUCUAACUAAAAGAAUAUUUAUUUUUGUUUAACUGUAAUGGAAUGAUAAAUGAUGUACAGAAAUAGAUUAUUGAAAGUAAAAGUAGGGUGAUUGAAAGUGAAAGUAGGAGAAGUAGUCCUUGCAAAUAUUAUGAAAGUUGGUUAGCAUGGAUUUUCUUAUAUUUCUUAAUUUAUUUUUAUUAAAUAUACGAGUUAUGUUUUCAUAGUUACCAAUGGCAAUGAUAUUAUUAUUCAUUUUUAUUUAUUGAUUUCUACAUUAUUUUUAUGGUCAUGGGUUUUUAGAAAACUAUUUAUAGUGUAAAGCUUUAGAAUAGAAUUACCUCUUCAUGUAAAUACCAUAUUGUUUCAUAAUUUUUUCACUCAUUCUUGAAAUAAUUAUUUAAGUAAACAAGUUAAGAGAGUUAUUUAUAUAAGCCAGAAACAUGCUCUAAUGCCUUAUAUUUGGAUCCCUCAAAAAUUAUAAUUUGAACACAAUAAUCUCCAAUCCUGUCAUGCUGCACAAGAGUAAUAGUUAGUAUUGGGCAAAAAGAUAAUAAUUUUAGAUACAAAUGUUUCUACUGAACUUAGAAGCUUGUUUUUUAUCACUACUAUAUUCUAAGAUAAGUUAUGUAAAUUGCUACAUUUUUUAGUAAAUAUUUAGUUAAAAAAAGAAGAUAUGGUAAGGAAUCAGAAUCUCUAAGGGUUAGUAAAAUGAAAUAUUUCACCUGGAUAUUGAAACUACCGAAACAAAGAUAUCAGGAGAUGAUGGGCAUUGAGUGUUUGAAUUUUCCCCCUUAGGUGAUAAAGGGGAAUUAUUUAUUAUUUAAGUAGGAAUUUAAGUCAUGAUGUAUGUAAUUGUUUGAUUUUUCUCAUUAUCUGCAGCAAAAUUGAACAUAAUUUUGUUUAAGAGAGGUAACUCUAUAAAUGAAGCGAACAUGCGAAUGACAUUCUAUUGCUAAAGAGAUAUCAAGUUUCUCAAUGACCAAAGUUAGUGUUUGCUAUAUAUUUGCUAAAAUUAUUCCUGUUUAUUAUCUUGAAAGUUUUUGAUUUUGUCACCAGGUCAAAGUAAAUAUUUUUUUCAACUUUUAUGAAAAUUGAAUCUAUUUUAGUCAUAAUUUUGGGAAACCCCUGAACAUUUUUAAUUUUGAUAGUUUAUCAUCAUUUUAGGGAAAGUCAUAUUCUGCAAUGAUGUGCAAUUAUCUUUUUGAAAAUGUUAUUUUGUGCUUUUAAUCAUUAUUCAUUAUAAGAUCAUGAAUUUCUUUAAGGCGUGGUUCUUUUUGUGUUUAAAAUCAUUAUUAUUUUGUUUUUAAUUAUCAAUUUUGUUUAUAUGUUGCACUUUUUGUGGCAAGGUUUUUGUUUUAAUCAUAUGUCAAUUUUUUAUCUUUUCAUUUGGUUGGUUUUACACAAUUACUAGGUUAUAAUUAUUUGUUGAUUUUUUGUUAUUAAAUCAUUAUUAAAUCAUUAUUUAUAUAUUUUAUCAUUUGAGCAAAAAUGAAAUCCUCAUUACAACUUUGUUUUCUUUGUAAAGUUAAAAAACAGCAAAGUGAAAUUUGUGUCUUAAAACUAUUUGUAUGUUUCAAUGUAUACAUUCUGUGUCUGCUUUUGAAGUAAAUAAAAAUUAAUGUUUUUGUGUAAAGUUUCUUUUACACAUGAUACA